GCUGCUGUGAACAGACAUAUAAAUGUGUGUGUCGUGUGUGAUAUAGUGUAUUAUCUGUUUGAACACACACACACACACACACACACACACACUCUCACACACACACUCACCAUGAUCCAGCUGUUGCGGUUCAUGCUGCUGCUGUGUGGCGCUGCUCCUCUGGCUGCUGCUCCCACCGGAAGCUCCUACCUGCCGGACACAGGCCGGUUCUGGCACAUCACCGACCUCCACCUGGACCCCACCUACCACCUGGCCGAAGAUCCCACCAAGGUGUGCUUCUCUUCCAAAGGUGAAGCCGCAAAGCACGCCGGCAUUUAUGGAGACUUCCUGUGUGACUCGCCGUACAGCCUCAUCCAAUCAGCCUUCACACGCAUGGCCGAGCUCACACAGCCGCAGGACUUCAUCAUAUGGACCGGUGACAGUCCACCACAUGUUCCUGCUGGUGAGCUCUCUACGGAAACAGUGAUCCAGGUGAUCAGUAACAUGACCCAGAGCAUCAGACAUUACUUUCCAAACAUGACAGUCUAUCCGGCUCUGGGAAACCAUGACUACUGGCCGCAGGACCAGAUGAUGACCUCCACUAACGCCAUCUACAAGGCUGCUGCUCAGCUUUGGGAACCGUGGCUGCAGACUGAAGCAUUGCUCACACUCUCACAAGGCGGUUUCUACUCCCAGCUGGUAAAACCUGGUUUGCGGGUGGUUAGUCUCAACACCAUCCUCUACUACGGUCCUAAUAAAGUCACAGUUAACAUGACGGACCCUGCUGGGCAGUAUGAAUGGCUGGAGAAAACUCUGGAGAUGGCUGCUCAGAACCUGGAGAAGGUGUACAUCAUAGCCCAUGUACCAAUAGGUUACCUUCCCUAUGCCAGAAACACCACAGCUAUCAGAGAGAUCCACAACGAGAAACUGGUCGCCAUCUUCAGGAAGUACAGUGAUGUCGUAGCGGGACAUUUCUACGGUCACACCCAUCGAGACAGCAUCAUGGUGCUGCUGGACCAGAGCGGUAAACCAGUGAAUUCUCUUUUCGUAUCACCGGCUGUUACACCAAUCAAACAUGUUUUGGAGCCCUAUUCUAACAACCCAGCUUUCCGGAUGUACUUGUACAGCAGCAAGGACUAUGCUAUGUUGGAUAUCUGGCAGUACUAUUUGAAUCUGACGGAAGCCAACGAGAAACAAAGAUCAGAUUGGAGGCUGGAAUAUAUCUUGACUAAGGCUUUUGGACUGACUGACCUCAAGCCACAAAGCCUCCUCCAGCUGGGCCUGAGCCUCAGCCUGCCGCAGACCAAAGCCUUCGACCAGUAUUUCAGUCACUUCAUGGUCAACUACAACAACAGCAUCACCUGUGAAGGAUACUGUAAGGUCACUCAGGUGUGCUCUGUGCUCUACCUGGACCAAAGCUCUUAUUCCAAAUGUGUGGCAAAGGGAGAAUGAUCAUGAAUAUGGACCAAAAAAGAAGAAUCUCCUCAAUGGAUCUUUCUUUUCUUCUAUUAUUUUGUGUAUUUGAAUGCUUGGAUCAUGUUAAAAUCACUGCAGUGCACUGAUUCUGCUGCUCCCAAAUAUUAAUUAUUUUACUUUUACUCAAGGUUUUGCUUUCUGGUAUGAAAUUGCACAAUUAAAAAAACCUUAAUAGAGCAGAGGGAAUACGGAAUAAGAUAUUAAUUAUGUUGAGCUCAACCAUAUAAGUCUGUGUUCGAAUGCUUUUUAAUGAGUUACCUUUAAAAUGAUAUAUUUAGUUACUUGAAUGAAGGUAACAUAAAAAGGGAAAUACCAUAUUUUUUUCAAGCAGGAGAUAUUUUACUAUAUAUUAUAUAUUUUACUAAUUCAGAUCUAAUCCAAACUGCAAACAGCACAAUUAUGAAGUAAAAUAAUAGUUUAAAUAUAAGAAAAAGACAUAAUUUCUUUAAAAUAACCACUACUAUCUUAAUGGUAUUGACUUGCAACCCUGCAGGUCCAGUUUCUGUCCCUUUUUAUAAAGUAAAUUGAGUCUACUAUAACUUUUUUUUAGCAGGAUAAACCUUAUUACUACUUCAUUAAACAGAGUAAGGUGCACUCUUUAAAUUGAAAUCGGCUCAACGGAACGAGGUGAAGCUCUUCCACCCAUCACACCUCUUUAUUCCCCGUAUCCCCUGUCGCUCUAAUGGAUUACACUUAAUCUCAGGGAUGAUCUAAUGGCGGCCAAAUGUUGACCAUUACUUGAACUGAUGCUGCUGAUUAAGUACGAACACUUCUUGGUAUAUAAAGUUGCUCUGGAUAACAGCAUCUAACUCAUAUUGAUGUGAAUUUAAAUGCAAUAUACAACAGGAGGAAAUGUGUGAAUUGUACCAGAAAUACAUUUUGACUGUGUUUAAAUGUGAAUUAAUGAUAACCUUUGGCAAUUAUCUGUUACAAAUGAAAUUGAAGCUGCCUUACAUGUGAAUGCUUUUGCAAGAAAAAUGAAAUAGAGAUGGUUAUUAUCAUAUAUUACAAAUAUCAGAGAGAGUACUGCUGUUAAUUUUGCUGUUUAUUUUUCCAUAAAUAAAGAUGAUUAU